UAUUCCGCCAUUUUAUAUGUAAGCUGUACACUAUGGCUGUCGAUCAUAAAAAGUUCCAGUUUCCCAGCUUAACAACCGACGAAGCUGUUGCAAAUUGCAAGUCCAUGUUUGGAUCACAAGUUGCAUUAACUGCAGACGAUUUUGUACGACCACAGGUAUCGUCUGUGUCGAAAUUUUUCGUAUGUAAUCGACAGUAUGAACUCGAAAAUUAGUUUGAGCAACAAUUUUUUCCUGCUUUUCCUGUUCUGUUUAGACUUUUGGAAGCGAUAACUGAGAAUCGCUUAUUAUCUAAGCUGUUAGAUUAAAGAAAAUUCAACAGGAAUUCUAACAUAGAGCAAAAUUGUUUUUUCUUUUUUUUUAAUUUACCAAAUGUUUAUGUCCAUUCGCUUCAACGUGUAGCUGAUACAAUGCGAAUCGGCUUGUUUCCAGUGUUGUUAUGUCAGCAUGGAUCAGCUGAAAUGAUAGAUCAAAAUCCGGGUAAAGAAUAGAAUUUUGAUUUGUUCUAAGGGAAUGUAAAGAUCAUAUGUUACUGAAGUGGGAAAACUAUAGCACUGUUCUGUUGUGAAUUACUUUGUUGAAGUCUUCUGAAUGUUUAGUUUCAGCAGAUGAAACGUUUCUACAUUGGAGUACUUACAAAUUUUGGUGUUUGCCCUGAACAACUUACUCAGGUAUAAGAUGACAAUAAAUUAUUUUGCAAACUUUAUUAUAAGUUGGAAGGUAUAAAAUAACGAUGCAAUCUUUGCACAUGGUAAAACAAUUUUCAUAGAUGUAAACCCUUUAACUCCCAAAAGAGAUUAACAUGUAACUUCUCCUUGUAAUAUCUAGACAUAAUCCAGAAAAUAGGUCAUGAGAAUAUUCAAGCUUAUCAGGUAGAAGUUUUUAUCUUGAUCUAACACCAAAUUUUCAUAACUUACCUACAAGGAAAUGUGUAGCAGCUAGAAGGGAGAAUUGCAAUCAGAUCUUGGGAGUAGAGGGUUUAAUCCAGAGUUAGCACCCAUAGCACUCAGCACUGUGUUAACUAAACAAUAUGGCCAACAUUUUUAUUAGCUAUUCUUUAAGAUUAUCUUAAAUUAUUCCUUUUUAUAGCCACAUUUCAAGUCCAUGGACUCUUUUGAAUACCCAGAGCUUCAUGAAGAAAGUGCCCCUUUGGUAAUUUUAGCACUAGCCAUGUAAGUAUUAACAAGAAAUGGGAUAUUUUUUUUUUUUUUUUUUUUUUUAUUUGCACCCACUCCACCCCCUCCUCCCCCAUGUUACAUUAGGGAGUUUAAGAAAUGGUGAUGGUGACUCUGCAGACAAUGUCAGCUAAAAAUGAAUUUAUCUCUUCCUACAAAUUUUGUGACACUCUGAAGUCAUUUCUCACUGUCAAAACUAUCUUAAUACUGAAUAUGGAACACAGCAUUAAAUUAGAAAUAGAAAUUUUAUAUUUUAACCAUUGCCUUUCUCAUUCUCGAGACAAUGCAAAAUUUGGUCAUUUCAUAUUAUUGUUUUAGUGCAUAGUCAUUGUUCUACUCAUUAAACCUUUUGUUUAGUGACGUUCCUGUUGCCUUUGCUGUCAUGGUUUUCUUAAACUCCCUAUUUCAUGAAAGACCAAAUCUGGGCACUCAUGAAAAUUGCUUUCAGGGUAUUCUGUAGGGGGGAAUUGGGAUUUCUUUCUUGCCCUGUAUUCAUCACAAAAUUCUUCACAAUGUUCUCAAGACUGCAGUUUUCUUAAAAAAGAACAAAAAAAAACUACUGAAGUAUAUUUUAAGAUCUCUAUUAACUCCUACCCACAAAAACUAGUAAUUCUGCAUGUACUGAACAGGCAUAAUUGUAUUCUUUAGGCAGCGAUUCAUGUUUGCUUGUGGAGUAGAAAACUUCACCAUAUUUGACAUUGUUGCACCAAGUAAGUUCUCUAUGUGUAUGCACAUGUAAAACUAUUGUUAUCAAAUUUGAGAUCUGAAGUAGAAUUAAAAUAACCUUGAGUACAUGCUAAGAGAACCAUGUUUAUUAUGAAGAUCUACAUUGCUUGAUUAUUAUCAUGAGAUUGUAAAAUUUAACUGAUUACUUGUAUGCACAUCUGAAUUGUCCCUUUACUUUCAGAACCAAAGCGUACUCUUCAUUGCGUGAGGUAGGCAGUUCUUUCUUAUUGCAUUUUGCAUCUUGUAAACCAUACCCCAGCUCUGCUUGUGCCAUCGCAAACAGCUCUGUUGAGCAAAUUGUUUUAAAAGAAUGUAUGGGUUAUACAAUUAGUCCAUGUAAGAAUUUCUCAUGUGUAACAUGACUGUAAACUUGCUAAUGAUACUUUGCACUUCAUGCUUCUCCAAUUUCUUAGUUUGAAUUUCAUUGUGAAGCAUACUAAUGAACCUCAUUUAUUUAUUGUAUCUCCAGUGCCAUUGUUAACUACUUAAAAUUCAAAGCAUCAAGGGAGCAUAUUUAUGAAAAUGCUGCUGCAGAAGUGGUGAGAAUCAUUAGUAUACAGUUCUAAAAACUACAUUCUGAUGUUUCGUUAGUUUGAGAAACAGACGUCUGAUUUAUUAGUUUUUCUAUUUGCAAUUUAAUUUACUUGCUGUAACCUGAUUAGGUUCAUCCUUUAAGCACAAUCACAUUCCAUAAAGUUCUAUUUCUGGUGUCCAAGGUUUUCUGUGUUUCAAAGUAAGCCAAAAAUUUUGGCUGUUUGAAGGCCUAAGCUAUCCGUUUUUGGACUUUGGUCAACCGUUUAAAUUUUUUGCCAUCCGUUUAAGCGGUUAUGGCAUCCUGUUAAACGCUCGAGUUAACCGUUUACUAUCUGUUUACAACCGUUUUUCGAGACCGUUUAACGAAAAAGCGUUAGUGUCCGUUUUCCUGUGGAGGGUCACAAAUGUUUUUCCACUUUGUGCAUGUAAUUUCAUUGCAGCUAAUGCAUGGACGUAGCAAAGAUGGGUUGUUUGCAACAAAAAAUUGCAUGAAAAUUUUUUUUCUUCAACAAUUUGUUUUCUUAAUAAUUAUGAUUCCACGAAAUCUAGGAUUCAGCUACUGAGCAGCGACAACAUUUGCUCACAAGAAAUGAAGAACUGAGGAAAAAGAUUUCAGAACUCAAGUAGGACAACAUAUUUUAUAUCUUAUAAACACUUACUUGUGUGAGAAAUAAUUAAGAGAUGUGGUUCAACCAUUUUGGAUCAGCUGAUAUUGAAACAAUGGUUGUUUGACAUGCAACUCAUAGUUGUAUGUCCUGUUCAAACCACUAUACUGAAACAGUGUGGUAACAAGUUAGUGGAGUUAAUUUGAAAAGUAUCUAUUAUUAUUAUUCAAGGUUGUUGAUUUAGUUUCAAUACUACUGUAACAAUGAAACUUAUUGUCUGAUUUCUUUAUCAUAGAACAAAACGAGCUGAGGAAGAACAACAAUUACAACAGGUGAUACUAUCUUGAAGUUGUUGUAGAGUUUGGUUUUGCAUUUCAAUUAUAAUAUAAACCACCCCUGUGUUAAAAUUUGAUGUUUUUUUUGUUUGUUUGUAACUAGCUUGGGAGUGAAGUGGAAGAGCUACAGCAUGAUGUCAGUGAACUGAAUAAACAACAGGUAUAUCAAUAGUGAAAUUUUUAUUGGUUCAUUUUCAGUGUUCUCAUUUUCAGGUGGCAGCUAUUACAAUUCACCACAUGUAGUACCUCUCAGGUACACAUGAAUGGAUCAUUCUACUGGUUUUAAAAUGUCUUUUACUCGUUAUGCUUAAAAUAAGGGAGAACAAUGCAUUUUCAAGACGACUCUUGUCACUUUAUGACAAAAAACACUGGAGCACCUAUUAACUGCUGUGUUGACUUUCCAAAGGCCACUGAGGUGAAGAAAUUUCAAAAACUGAAGACCAAUAAUGCAGAACUCUGUUCAAAAAAGGUAGGAUUUUUUAUGAUGCAUGAUUUUGAAACCAUGAAGGUACAUUGCACUGUACAUGCAUGUCUUGUGUAUUGAAUUGUGCUACAGGCUUUUUUAAACACCUUGUGAAACGUGUACACAGUAUUUGUACGGGUAGUAAAACAUGAUUAUACUUGUAUUUUCCCCUUUUUAAGCUCAACUGUACAUGUAUAUUGCCAAAAUCCUUGUAUAAGGAAAAAUUUUAAGCAAGCUACUAACCAGAAAUAAUUUCCAGCUACAUUAUAUACAUUGAUGAGUUGCAUGCUUCUAACAGUACAUUCUCUCAAGACUUCAAUUAAACAUGUUGAGAAUUUACAAUCAUUUCAACAGUUGGAAAACAUUUUGAUUGUGCUUUUUUUACAACUGUUUUUAGGCUGAGGAAAAAGCAUUGAUAGCAGCUUUGAAGCAAGACACAGAUAAUCUUGCAGCAAAGAUAGUCCAGUCACCUGAGAGAUUUAAAGGGGUAAUAAUAAUUAUAAACUGCAAAAAAAAAAUUUGAUUUUUUACAGGUUUAGUUACUUUGCACUCUCAGUAAUACCCAACACAUGAUGUCCUGUGGGUUCUGUUUUGUUUUUGAAAGGAGCUGGCUCGUCUUAUGAGUGCAUUGCAGUCUGUGAGGGAAGCUAGGGAUGAAAGAAGUGCUAGACUACAAGAGAUUUGCACACAGCAAGAUAGCAACUUGCAGUAUACAGAGGUUGGUUCAAAUAAAAUGUACAUGGUAUUUAUUUUUUUGUUUCAUCUUUAACACUUGAUCAAUGCCUCAGUCCUUCUUGUCAUCAUACAACCUAUUUAUUAUAAAUACGCCCAUAAAAUAAGGCAUGCAUAACUGCACUUGGCACUUACAACAUACUAUAACUGUCUAAGUGAUAUUCUAUUAAGGGAAAAAAGGAGGACGCACCUGGGUGAGGAGAGGUGCUUAUUUUAAAUUUGGGCCGAUAGGAGAAGCUUGGGAAGGGCAGUGAAUUACAAUGUGGAAGAGGGGUGGAGGCAUAACACUAGCUAAUUUUUCAGCCUUUGUGAUCAGCAUCUUUGAAUUAUGAAGUCUAUGAUUUUAUUUACAUGCUAGAUGAAUGCUUCCUUUCAUUUCCCUUUACCUUCCAACAGGAUGGCCAGACAGCCAUAAGAAUGAUCAGUGGGAUUGGUGGCGACAUGGAUAAACUGCGGUACAUUAUCUGUCUUUCUACUUAACUUCUACUGGGUGUAUUCAUUAAUAUUGUGCAAUGAUUUUUGAUCUUGUAGCCUGUUGAGUAUACAGAUGUUCUUUACUUGACUCUUUGGUUUGUUUUUAUUUUGGUAGUGAGUUGACCUCCAAGCUUGAGGAACUUCAAGAUAAAAACAUCAGCCAAAAAGAGUUGCUGAGAGAUAUGACAGCCAAGAUAGAGGUAAAACGUGUACAGCUAUUAAAUUUUUACAGUGUAUCAUUGAGUGAAUGAAACAUCAAGGUUUUUAUUGACAAGCUGUACAUGUAGCCUCAGUUUUAAUGAAUUUAGAGUCAAAACAAUUUCUGUGCUGUCUUUAUACAAGUUUAAAAUUUUGAUUAUUGUUUUGUUGUCCUGUUUUAUAGUUUAUCUAGAUGUGAUCUACAUGUAAAUGUACAUUUGCUAUCAUUCUAGAAAAAAAACUAUACAUUAAAGUAAUUUAUAAAGCAACUCUAAUUUUCAGCAACUACGCCGACAGCUAGCCUCCAAACAGGAGAAGCUUUCCAGACUGAUGAGGCAGCAUGAUAAAAAGAUUACUGCGACGCAUGAUGCUAAUGAUCAAAUUAAAAGGUAAAAGCUUUUAAGAACCCCUUUGUGUUUUAACCUUUUCCACCCUAACAUCAGUAAGUACAUUCUCCUAACUGUUCUCUAUACAUUUGCCAUGGUGCUGAGAAGGAGAAUUUGUUUAACAAUCAAGAACAUCUUAAGUUGGUGAUCAUUUCCUUCAUUCUUGUAACCUUGAAUAUUGGUUCUGCUUGAUAAAAUUAUGGUAAGGAGAAGUAAGAUGUAAUAAAUAUGUGUUCAUUGUUCAUCGUGGUGUAAGACAGGAGAUCAACUUUAUUCGUUUGUCUCACAAUGGAGUCACUUUGGAUGUUGAUCAUGAUGUUUCAACUCCAGUACUGCUAAUCUUCAUCAGGCCAGAAAUAAGAUACUUGUUUCUUUUGGGGUUAAAGGGUAAACCCUUUAACUCCCAUGUGUGACCAAGACAGAAUUUCUCCUUACAAUAUCAGUACAAUAUCAACCAGAUAAGUGAUGAGAAUAAAGAAAAAUAUCAAUUUGGGAAUAAUUAUUUGAUUCAAUACUAAAUUCUCUGAACUAACAUCAUAAGAAUUGUAUGGUUGACAGUAAGGAGAAUUACAUAUUUUAUCUGGGAGUUAAAGGGUUAAGAAAUUGCAACUGAUAGAUUCUUUUUCUUUCUUAUGGACUGCAGUGCCUGUAGUUACAUGACAGGGAUAAAAUACAUCAUUGGUAAUUGAUCAUUUCAAUUUAAUCCAUCUUUCAAGGGAACAUGCAUACUUAGAAAAGAAAUUAACAGAAAAGAAAGACUACCUGGAAGGAAUCAGCAACCAGAUAAAUAAUUUGACACAAAUGGUCAGUAUCCUCCUGUUUUGUAUCAGCAUUUAAGUUCACAGUCAACCAAACCAGUUAAAUAUUAUUUUACAAACAAGACAUAUACAUGUAUACCUGUGAAUGAUUGUCUUCUUAAUGUUCUAUUGGAAUCUUUAGGUAAAUGAACAGGAGGAUCUUCAUGAACAAGACAUGAACAAGCUACGCACAGCAUACCAACAGCUGUUAGCUCAGGUACGGCAUUACUGUACAUGCUCAGUCAUGUCAAAUAUUUCCUACAGUGAGUGGUGCUGUAAUUCUCUUGUCUAACUGAAAUUCAUUCCCUCAUUGAUCAGUUAAGAUAAUUGAACGUUUGAUCAAAGGAAGAGCUUGUUUUCAGAAAUCAUGUAUUUUCCAUCUCAACCAGAUUAUGAGCUCCUGAUUUCUACCACUUGGGCAAAGCCUAAGUCAACUUGAAAUUAACAACUUAACAACACAUCAUGCUUAUGUUUUUAUUUUAUGUUGUCCAUAAAUGCACUCUGUUAGGCUACUCAUUUUAAUUACUAUCUUCCGUGCAUUUCGUAACAGACACCGAGUUACAUAGCCGAUCAGAGAGCAGCGUUUGUGUUCAAGGAUUUAUACAAAUAGAGUACAAAUAUGAAUAGAAUGACUUUCAGUACAUUUUGAGACACCAAAAAGUAGAUGAGCCUUUAAGAAGUUGUCUUCUUAUGCGUUAAAAAUUCAUCUAUUGAUGAUGCCAUUUUCAAUCUUGCUCAGCAACCUGGCUACUCUGAUCUGACCGAUAACAAUCUCGCUCAUUUUUUUUCCCAUCUCCGUGUUUGAGUGACAAACUCAAAACUGAGAGGCUGGAAUAUUGUCAUGUCUACUUUAUGUUAUGAAAUCCCGGCUUCUUAACAAUAAAAUUAAAUGACCAAUUUUUGAUACCAUGUUUAAGAAAGCAAACGUACACUGAUGUAAGUUUGUAGUGCUAUUUUGGUUCUUCUAAAAAUAAAGACAUUGUUUUGAGCCACCUAAGGUUCUGUUGGUAUAUUCAAUCAUUUUCACAACAUUCUUUUUCAAACUUGUUUUCAGCUUGAAAGCUACCAUCAAGGACUUAACAGAGGUUGGGAUAAAGUGACGAAAGCCAACAACAGAUAAGCUGUAUAGUAAUGAUCUGUUCAAAACAGCGCAUAAAUCUUUGAAGUUGGAGUUGUUUCUAAUUGUUUUAAAACUUCGUAUAGCUAGUUGUAAGUGGCGGGUAGUAAUGUCUGUACCCAGACCAGCUUAAUUCGAAGAACUGUGCCCAUGUUAAAGAAAGCUAACAGUGCAACCAUUUUGAAUUACAAUUGCGCAAGAAACAUAGCGCUGGAAAGAGCUACAGUGUGUGAUUCCGCGACUAUCACUUUUCAAAUGACCACUUGCACAUCUGUAGGAAUGUCUCUUCCGCAAAUUGUAGCUGAGAAGUACAGGGUUCUGUACUUAACUUCAGUCUAUAGGGAGAAAAUAUUGUAGGUACAUGUAUCUCUACCUACCUUAUUAUGUAUUAUGUCAUAUUCCUACGGAUUUACAUCUAUGUAACUCAGGAUUUUAUGUAAGACGUGGAAAGCUCUAAAUAAAUAGAGUUCAGUAACUUCUCUUUUAGUUAAAUUUUAAUGAUUUUGGUCCAGGUGGAACCUACAACUAGAAACACACAUUCUUACGUCUGUUUUUUUCCUAACCAAACAAUGUAAAAUAAUGAUCACUAGGUUACCUUAGUUAUUUGCAAUUAUCGAGUCUUAGUCAAGCGCCGACUAGACGCCUAGAACAUUCAUUAACUGUUCAAAAAAUAACCUCUGGAAAGCAGGUCUCUUUGAGUUAAUUAGCAAGUUGCAAGAUCUAUAAUAGCAAGGCCUUACCUCACAUGAAAUAUUGCGUGCAGUCUUGACUGUAGCCUCGUACUGCCACAGUUGUCAACCUUAUUCACUCAACGCAUGUGUGGCAAAGGAAAGAAUUUCGAUUAAAACUGACCCUUUUGAGGAUAGCAUGUCUAAGCAUUUAUUUAGAAGACACUGCUCUCGUAAGUAUCGGCAAAGUUGUUUUUAUUGAUUGUCUGCUUUAAACUAAACUUGACGUCUUAUUUUAGCCUUUCUCGUAUACUAAUAACUUCUAUAAAGUGCGAAUUACGUACUUGUUUCAAAAAUGGCAGAAUCAGUCUUGUUCCAAAAUGGAUCCCAGAGCGUACGUCAUUUUUCUGCACGCACGUGCGAAGAAUCAAUGGAAAACGAGAAUACUAAUACGAUUACUACGAUGCUAAUUAUUUGAAAGAUUCCGAAUACAAUAAUAAUCGUCACGUCCACGAAACGCUGUCCGCGUAACUUGCGUAAAACGACGUUUGCGUUCACAUGUUCACACGGCAUGAAAUUUGAUUCGCUGAAGAUUGAAAGCCGCGUGCGGCAGUUGCACGUAAUGUUGCGUGUGGUUCGCGCGGCGAAAGUACCUUAUGUCAAGUAGUGCGGAGGAUGAAUGCUAUUUUUACUUUGACAAGAUUGCAUAAUAUUGCCUACUGUAAUUUUACGAUUUACUAGCUUCAACAAGAAAUUUGGUCGAUCCGGUCAAUAGUGCGAUGCUUAUCUGGGCUUGCAUAUUCUAUUAAAGCUGUUGCAAAGAUCUAAUUUUUCCGCGCAUUUUUUUGCCACACGAUUGGUAAGAGAAUGUCUAACUACGCAACUAUAUGGUAAAAUUUUAGGUUAUCUGUAUUACCACCGAUAGCCUAAACAAGGACAUUGAGUCCCUGUAAAUAUGUUUGUGUGCCGCAACAAGUUAAGAAAAAAAAGGGUUUGUGUGGAUGUGAACAGGCGCACUCUUGACUCAAAAAUCUGAAUAAGUUUUUAAUAAAAACAAACUCGCCAAGCUCACUGACGUACCCUGGUGUAAGAAUUGUAUAGAGGGAACAACAGGAGAGCUAAAAAUGAGCUAAACGAACAUAGAUCAGCCUGGAAAACUCACAAGAUUCAAAGUAAACACACGGAAGUAAGUUUGUUUAUAUCUAUUUAUAAACAUUUUCACCUAUUCAGAUGGGCUCAUUGUGCGAGCUUGGGCUGUCUGUGGUAAUAUACCACGAUUUCUAUCCUUUUACUCGUUUAUUUCCUUUGUUUUUAAAGGCUUAAGAUGUUUCCAAGGACCUUUUUGUGGCAAGUGUGUCACUGAUAUUAAUAACUGACCUUGUGCAAUAAGAUUAAAAAAAAAAUCGUGCGCGAAAAUUCGCAAAAGAUCAGUGACCAAAUUACCGCCUAAUAGACCUAUAAUCGCAUUCUCAUCAUCAUUUUUUUUUUAAUUUAACCUCAUAAUGAGGAAAAAUUAUUGAAGCUUCUGCGAUGCGUGAUAAAGUUCGUCAUUGUUAAAUAAGAUUAGUCAACAGCCAAUCGGAAAGUAGUCCAAAACCCUUACUGUUAGUUGCAUACCGAUCUAUGACGUACUUCAAAGUGCUAUAUAACAGCUGCUAAGAGCAUUCUUACGAUAAAUUGUACAUCAAGUCGGAAAGACUUUAACUUGAAGAACUUUUAGAACUCUUCAUCUUGACUUCCUUCGCAGGCAGUUCAAGGUAAGUUUUGAAUUGCCGAAUUUUCCAAUUUCCAGAAACACGAAUUGUUAAAUCUUAUAGGAACUAGGAACUUGAAAAUUAUUUGUUGAGAAAUCAAGAAAACUGCAAUGAUAAGCGAAAACUGUAUGACGAUAAACUCGUAUCAUAAUCAGCUGGGCAAGUUUGUCAGCAAUCAUUUUCCAUAAAAUGGAGGUAAAUAUUUACCCUAUUGCAACCAAAAAUAUCGGCUAGCUGUUACAAACUCGGAGUAAAUUGUGGGGCUGAGACGGCAUCAGCACAGAAAAGAAAGGCAAUUGAUGGAACGAGGUGAUUGAGUUCGUGAGUGCGUCUUGUAUACUGAAUGGAAACUUGACGAAGUCAAGGAAAACAUAAUUUUUAUGAUAGCUUUUGUUACUGUAGAUAUCAAACUUGUAGCUUGGAUGCCGCUCACUCUAACAAUUUGAAAGAAUUGAUUAAGUUGAUUAGAUAACGCUCAGGUGCAUCCUUUGGUUGAAUUACUUUUCAAUCGCUACCGCCUAUUAGCGACCUCAUGAGCCAAAAAAAGAUCAGUGAAUUUUUAAUGAAUACUCCCAGACAAGUAUUGUUUUUGUCUGGUACAAGGAAAACACCGUAAAGUACGGGAUUAUAGCUUCGUUAAUGAGAAGAUGCACAAAGCUUCUGUAUUUUAUUAGGUUGAGAAUAUCUUUUUGAGGUUGAAAAUAUUAUUUUAUUGCGGAGCAUUUCAUUCAGGACAGAUCGCUUAACUUUACACAAAAUGUUUGUUUGGUUUCAAAGUGUAAUUCAGCUUUAGUGCUUGCGUAAGGGUUUUCAUUGGAAAAAAAAAGAAGAACUAAUGCACUAUCGUCUUCAAUUACUCUUGCCUGAUUAUGAAAGAAAUGUAAAGACAAUUGCAAUCACAGUUUUGCUGUUGUUUCUUUCCCUUAUAGUAGUAAUGCGAAUAGUUAGAUCAACAAAUAGAUUGAAAAGCACUCCAGGUCUCUCUUGAUUUCUAAGCUGUUGAAUCAGAUACUGCUUUGAGGUGUUUCUGAUACUUUCUUGGUUCUGCGGAUUGUGCGAUUGCCAAGUGACUUCACGAUACAAAAGACUGAACAAUGCAAAGGAAACUUAUCAAUUUCCUCACCUCAAGACAAUAGUCAACCAAGAAUAGUUUCCGCACCUUAAGGAAACCGCUGCUUUUGGUUUGCUCCGCUGAAAUGAAGUCGACAUGGAUUGUUCGUUUUAAUCGCGUGCUUAUUAAUUUCAGUUUUUGUUAACUCGAUUUACUUCUAAGAUUGUAGCGACCAACUGUUUCACGGUUGAAAUGUGUCAAACUUCCACCCAUUCGAUCUUUUCCGCACCCGAUUCAGCGCUCAAACAGGUCUUGUUUCCUUAGAGUUAAAGAUUAAACAUCAAAACUUUCAUGAACAUGAUAAUAAACUAAAUAUUGGCAGCGAAUUAGCGCACUUCACUUUUUUUUUUAUAAUGGUAAGAUUAAGAUAACCUUAAUAUGUCGAUAUUUCGCAUCUGUCUAUCGGCGGUGGCCUUUCGCUCGUUCAUUUCAGGACGUUUGGACAGGACAUUUUAAGUUGUUUGGGCAGAAACGAUUCAGCGAGUCCUUUACAAAAGAGAAAUUUGUGACCGCCGUAAAUCUCAUGCAUACCUAAGACUUUCUAGAACCGCCGGUUACUACAGAGCGGGCUUCAAGGCACACGCAAAACUGCCAGUGAAAGAACAAUUUGUUUCGGUGCAGAAUUCGAGAACGUCAACAGACAAUAGACCUAAGUAAACACACUUCUGAUUGCACAAGAAAGACGUUAAAAGGUGCAUUCACUUAAACCCCUGUGUAGGUAGGUCAAAACAUACUUACAAAAGAAGCAGAAGUCUUUGGAGGAGAAAGCGUGAAGAAUUGCUAAGACAAGGUAAGUAUGCGAUUGCCGGAAAACGCACUGUUUAUGUUGAAAUACAUGAUAGUUGCAAAGUUUUAAAGCGCCGGUUGCCGCAACUAAAGUUACUAAUUUACUAUUGUUUUCAAAUUUGCAUUGCUUUCAUUUCAUAUAAAUGACACUUUCAAGAUUUUUGAAGAAAGAAAACCCAGCAUUAACGAUGAACUAUACUCUUGACUUCAGUUGUUGAGUGGAAUUGAGAGCAGAUGCUUUUGUUCAUGUUUUCUUCGCAGAAUAUCUGAAGAUGCUUUCGAGACCUGGACUACAGAGCUAUGCAGUCCAAUUGGUCAAAGGAAAAGCCUUUCUUUUUUUGCUGCUCAGUUUUCUUGCAGCAAGAGGGCAGUGUAAGUAUCCUCUGUUCUUCCUCGCCUUUUGUUUUUUUGAAGGAAUAGAAGGCGAUAUAAGACGAAGUAUGUUUGUGGGAUAUUGCAGACGAACGACACAAGGGGGAGGCUCGCGCGAGCCUUGCCACUCCCACGGUAAAAUCAAACGUAAAUAAGCCUUUUCUCACAAAAAAGCGAAUGCUGUGACUUAACAUAAAUGUACAAAUCGACAUUGAAUGGCAUUUUAGUGAAAAAUAAUACAGAAGCUUCAUUGAGAACAACACAUUUCAAUUUGGAACCGUUCGCUCGACUGAAGUUUACGAAGGUUUAAUCUUAAGAUAGUUGAGUAAAGAAACCUUCUUUAGCUUUUCAACAGUACUGUAACCAAAAAGGUCAGAGUGUUUUUGGUUUUGAAAAUGUCCUCACUUGAUUGAAAGUAUUUUCCUUUUUUAGAAAGUAGACUAAGGUGAGAAUUUCGCUCAUGAACGAUGGGACUAAGCCAUCAAACUUGUGAAAACAGGUUGUUCAGUUUACCAUUCUUCUAAGAAUGAAUAUCUGUUAACAAGGCUAGAACCCUUUGCUAUGGGCUAAGUUUUCAUAAUUUUACAAGCCCUUUGAAUUUAAAAUGUUUGCGUCAGUUUCUUUGGACUAUAUGAGCAAUUUUCGAUCUAUGCCUAGAAACAAAACCUUGUGUAGUUUAUCAGUCUUCUAGAAACAUCUGUAACUAAGACAAAUUAAAACCUUUGUGCUCGCUAACUGACAUUCUAAAAGUAUGUUGACUAUUAUGUUGAUGUCGGUAACAUGCAUUGUUUUAUUGUUGACUUUAAAAAGCAGCGAACUUUCUAGUAAUAUUUGUCUAGCUUUUUGUUUACUCAUUCUACUUUUGCAUGAUAUUUAGAAGCUAAUUUUGUCUUAUUUGUUCGACAUGUUGGUGCAUGUGCCACUAGCACAUCGUUCUUGAUCUUCUUUUGUUUGUUUCUUUUAAUUAGUGAGCUAAGAUAUCAACCAUUUUUUCUAGAAAAGUCUCAGCAAAAAUAGCUUAGAUGUAGGGAAAAGGUUUAUUUCGUUAAAAGUAUGUUGACUAUUAUGUUGAUGUCGGUAACUUGCAUUGUUUUAUUACUGACGUUAAAAAGCAGCGAACUUUCUAGUAAUAUUUGUCUAGCUUUUUGUUUGCUCGUUCUACUUUUGCAUGAUAUUAAGAGGCUAAUUUUGUCUUGUUUGUUCGACAUGAUGGUGCAUGUGCCACUAGCACACCGUUCUUGAUCUUCUUUUGUUUGUUUCUUUUAAUUAGUGAGCUAUGACAUCAACCAUUUUUUUUUUCUAGAAAAGUCUCAGCAAAAAUAGCUUAGAUGUAGGGAAAAUAUUUAUUUCCUUAAUAGAAUAACAGAGAUUGUAAGUUUUGAGCUCGGUAAAGAAACAAAGAAAGAUGUUUCUAGUCUUGUCACCAGAAUUGUGAAAACAUUCCUGGAGCUAACUCUUCCAAAGUGCUUCAUUCAAAUGGUUCCAUAGAUACACCUAACCCCAUAUUUCACUCGAAGACAACGUCAAGUUUUAGAAUCUUCAGCUAAGAUCAAUUUAUGUUCCUCAGGAGAUCAUCAAGUGUUCAGAAGUCAGCCCCUAUAUAGUAUUUCAAUUAACUUACAUGUAUGUUGCCUAAGUGUAAUUUUUAACAGAGAAUUGAAGGUCACGUUGGAUUGUUUAUGUUUUACUUUAAGUCGCUCUCUGAUUGGUUCAAAAAACUCGCGCCACCCUCUUAACCAAUCAGAUUUAAAACCGAAAGCAUAAAGGGGUAAGUUUCUGAAGAAACUGUGGUGCUGCGUCGGUGGGAGGGUAUAGCAGGUAAUUUAGUGUUAACAACUGAGUUGAAAACGUAAAUUAGCCACCGUAAAGAGUAAAAAAGCUGACGUUUCGAGCGUUAGCCCUUCGACGAAGGGCUAACGCUCGAAACGUCAGCUUUUUUACCCUUUACGGUGGCUAAUUUACGUUUUCAACCCAGUUGUUAACACUAAAUUACCUGUUAAAACCGAAAGCAUUCGCCUCUAAUUUCCACGGGUUGUCCUGCACGUCAAGCAGUUUUCUGUUUAUGCUUUUAGAUCUCAUUGGCUUAUGAGGAUCUUAAUCUUUGUUCUGGUUGGUCGCUGUAAUAACUUUUGUUAUGGUUUUUAGACUGAAAACUGCCCCAUAAAUUAAUUAACUAACUGACCCAUUAGUUUGCUUGUUUGUUUUCAAUAGCUGCAGCGGUCUCGAGGACAAGACGUGGUCUUCCCCUGAAUACCUCCUUUCAGAUUUCCAUCCAAUUGUCUCAAACACCAUGGUCUGAAGAUUUCUUCAAUAACAAGAGUACCCAGUAUAUUUCUUUAGCAACGACCUUAGAGACAGCCGUUCUUAAUGUCAUUAAAAUGGUCGGGAAUGGAACGGUAAAAGUCCUAGAAUUCAAACCAGGAAGUGUUAUUGCUGUAAUCAAAGUAACUGCGUCGAAUUCAGAUGAAACAGCUAUGAAGACUAAACUUGAGUCAGAGAUGAAAGACGGACAGCUCGGAGGAUAUUCUGUCGAUCCUAUUCUUUAUUUAGGAAGUGUUUUCGAUGUCAUUCUAAAAAUAAGAUCUCCUUGCAAUAAUUCUUUACCAGAUAAAGGGUUUCUUCAAAAAGAUGAACUUGUCCAAACCGUGAGCAGUGAGAUGUCUGGUAACGCUGACUUCCUCAAUGCUAGCAUCCAUGGUAUCGAGUGCUCUCAAGCAGACAACAUCACAUCGGUAACAACACGAGUUCAGAUAAAGAAUUCGUGGGCAACCAAUCCAUUUAAGGAAUUGAGUGGUUUGAAGAGUCAAGUUGACGCUGGCAAGCUUAGUAGCUUUUCUGUGGUCCCUGAAUGGAAAUCUUACAUCCCUGGAGAAAAAGUAUUCUAUGUACGUGUUACGCUACUGACUGCCUCUACCAAUACUACGCAAACCAAGCAACAACUCGAGCAGUUUGUAGAAAACGACUUCAAAGAUGACAGUAACAUUAGGUAUGUCCAUGUUAUCAUGCCGGAUAGCAAUCAUGCCGUUAUGGAGAUUGGAAUGCGUUCUUCGACGUCACCGAUUCUUUACAAAGCACUCUCUCCUAUUGGAAGCGAUCUUUCUAGAGCAAAUCUUGGAAGUGUCAAAGUCAAUAAAAGGCAGAACAGAGUCACCAUUGACAUGAAAUCUUUAACGCGAAAAAUAUUCGAAGUAAGCUUCAUCAAGUAUGUUCCAAGCUGUGUUUCAGCAGAUCUUUCGGAUACCAACAGUUCGCAUUACAAAGAACUCGGCCAAAAAUUUACCCAGUUUAUAGACACCAAUAUGAAAGCUCAUGCGCUCAACAGUAAGUUUUACUUGAGUAAUGAGGUGAUAAAACUGCAAUGUAAAAAUUCUACAUCAGUCAAAGGCUAUAUCUACGUGUACAUGAAACCCAGCACUGAAGAUAAGAUAGCAAAUUUAAACGGGGCUUUGUACAAGUGUUACACAGAGCGCGGUAUUUACGACAAUGGAUUGAAAAUAUCUCUUAGAACUCCAACAUCGCCAGAGGCAAAGGGAACGUGGUCUUGGUCCCUAGACGGCGUGUCGUUAACUCGUGGCUCUUGUUUAAAGCCAAAGCCGACCAACCCGACCAACCCGACUAAUGGACCUGCACCAACUACCGGAGGUACAACCACAGGCAGACAAAGUACUACCCAAGCUUCAGGCAAACUAAGUACUUCCCAUACAACAGGUAAACCAAGUACUACCCAAACUACUGGUAAGCAAACUACAGCCCAAACCACGAGCAAGCCAUCAACCACACCUUACUACCCUAGCACUAAGCCUCAACAUUCCACAACCACUAAAACCCCUGUUAAGUCAGAAUCCACAGUCCCACAAACCACCGAAAUCAUACUUCCCACGUUACCCUCAGAAAUAGUGUUAUACGCCAAGGUGAAGCUCGAAAUGACAUGGGAAGAAUUCUGCUCAAAGCAGGAUUCUUUCAAGGAGAUAAUUGCGUGGAACGUGCGCGAUAAAAACGACUCCAGGAUCUCCUCCGACAGAAUAAUUUAUGUCAAUAUGGAGCGAAACUGUGCGGACCCAAGAAAAAGGGAAACACAAGCCGAGGUGUGGUUUUACGUGUCUGAGCCGGACUCCACACAAAUUAACGAGUAUCUCACUUUCAAGCUUUACAGCCUUUUUAAAAUGUUCUUUGACAACGGAAACACCAAACAGCUGGGAUCGGAGUUUGAAGAAAAGGUAUUUCUCAAAGUAAUUUUGUUAUCUUCGAAGACAAAAAAGCUGUGUCCACCAAAGGAGGCAGAGCAGAUAUCUCAACUCUAUAUACUCUCACAACCUCUUCUCUCCUUUCCUUAUAGUGGCGGAAGGGGAAGUGGGUCAGUGGAUAAAUCCCUUUUUUAAAACUCAGAUUAAACUUGUCUUUUUUCUGGUUUAUAAAGAAAUGUUGGAAAUGUGGCAGAUUAUUGUUUUGAAACUUGGUUUGUUCUCUACAAGCUGAACGUUGGGUAAUCUCCGCUCUUAACGAACUGUCUUGACUUUACCAGCCGAGCUCAUUAUUAUGUUUAUCAUUAUUAUUUCUUUUCGUAUCAUUUUACAGGUUUUGCAUGUAGAAUUAGGUGGAAGUCAUGCCGCUCAAUACGAAAAGGAUUCAGAUUGUAAAUGGCCGUUGUGGCUGCUAAUCCUUCUAGCCGUGGCUGGAGCCAUAGGAUUGUUUCUUAUGAUACUGGCAUGUUGUUGUGUAAGUUAAGUUUCAUUUAUUUACCCAUUUAUUAGUUAAGUUUUUUUAUCCAUUUUUUUUUUCUUCAAUUUAUUCAAUUAUAUCACUGCUGGCUUUAAUCAGAUCUUUUCCAAAAUAUUCAGACUGCUCUUCCAAAAUGUGAAUAUGAAUCUUCUUUUUUGUCAUCUGAUGAAGCGUUUACACUAAUUCUCCAACGAAUAGUUAUGAGAAAAAAAAAAUUGUAUUUUUUGGAUGUAUUGUUUCCAUUACAGCUAUUUUGCUGCGGGGGAAGACGGCGUAGAAGAAGGCGGAAGUAUGAUUCGGAACAGCCUCAAGCACUUGUGGUUGUCCAUGUUGAUGGCAAUGGAUCUGUACGCUAUGAACAGAAAAACGGCAAGCACAACAACUCUGAAGUCAGCACUACGAAUAAGCAAAGAGGCGAUGAAAGAAACCUUAAGGGUGUUAGCGAGAAAGAGGGAUAUUACAAUGAUGGGUUCGUUUCUGAUGCAAAAAACAAGGUAAAUGCUCAUGAAUACAAAACUUGCAAAAGGCCGCUGUUAUUUUUGCUAUCAAGCUUCUUCCGCUAGUGAGGGUUCAGAUUGGUUCUGAUCCUUUGAGAUUGUAACGAAUUUAACUUAUGAUAGAAGUAAACUAGCUCAACAAUCUAACAAGAUUAAGCAGAACUAAACAGCAGUAAACAACAAAGAGAUUAAAACAUUGUUCCUUAGCAGUAGCAGUAGUACAACAAAUACCGUUUUUGAUAUAUUUUCCACUUGUCUUACAUCUUUUUUUUCUAUCCUAAAAGAAAGAAAAACAAAAACAAGAACAAAGAAAUACUUCAAAAAAUAUUAAAUCUUUGUCCUUUCCUCCGGAAUAACACAGAAUCACGAUGGGAAUGACAACCGCUCCAAUAAUGAAGGAGAGGAAGGCAAGUCACCUCAAAACAUAACCAAAAGACUCAGUGAUGGCUCUGAAAAUACUUACCAAUCCUUGGACAAGGAUGAUGAUCUCGGAGAUUACACUUACCAAGCGAUUGACAAGUCCGGGAGAACAACCACAGGCCAAAGUGAUGACGACAAAAACAACAAUCCACGCGCAACAUUGGCUCCUUCGUCCGCUGACGGUAUCCAAAUCCUAAAAAGUGGUGAUAAUGGUUCUUCGAAUAUCAAUUCUCGGCAAGCUGGUUUCAACGCAUUACAUGGGGCUGAAGUGAUUCAUUUCCCUUCCACAGGGAGCGAGAAGGUCACAGCGAAAACUGAUGAUGGAAAGAGUAGAAGUGAUGGCUCCCCAGAUCUCAGUUCUCGGCGAGUUGGUAACAACGUAACACAUGUGGCUACAGUGAUGGCCACUCCUUCCACCGGAGGUGAUAGGGUCACACCGAGAGUUAGCGAUGGAAUGGGAAAAAGUGAUGGUUCUUCAGAUCUCAUUUCACAGCGAUCUGGUAGCUACAUGUAUGCUGCGCAUGUUACUACAGUUACUACAACUUCCACCGGAAGUGAUAAGGUCACAGCGAGUGGCAGUGAUGGAAAGGGUGAAAGUUAUGAUUCUUCAGAUCUCAAUUCUCGGCGAGCUGGUAGCUACAUGUACGCAGCGCAUGUUACUUCAGUUACUACUUCUUACAGCGGAGCAGAUAAAGUCUCAGGAAGGGGUGGCGAUGGAUCGAACAAAAGUGGUGGUUAUUCAGAUAUCAAUUCCUCUCGCGUUGGUUACAAGAAGGUUAGGAAGAUAGCUAAUGAAUGCAACAUUAUGCAACAUUCACCAAGGCACGGGAAUAAUCUAGUCAGAGCUAGCAAUGCUUAGUUUUCCUUUGAAUUUUCUGAAUUUUGUCAGUAUUUUUCUUUUGCCUUGAACGUCAAACAAGAUUCGUUUCGUAUCAGCAUUUUUUAUAAAUGAUAAUUGAUAUUUCUUUUACGUCUAUUGCCUCGAAUUUUUUAGCUACUGCCGAUGAAACGAAAGCAUUAUAUAAAGUUAACAAGCCAAAGGAAAUACUCUAAAGAAAACGCUACAUUCCUUUUAGGACACGAUAAAUACCAGUGCUCCCGGAUCAGGCGGAGGGAGCAAGGGGACCGGGGCGAGUGCAGAUGAUAACAAGAAUAAGACUGCCGAUGGUUCAAAGCCAGAUGUCAUUUCUUCCCGGGCUGGUAAAAACGGAGAGGUAAGGAAAAUUAAUUCAGGACGUGUUAUGAACUAUGGCUCUUGUCAUUUGCCAAGACUGAUUGGCCAGCUUCCCUUUGCGGGACAGCAAAAGAAAAAUCCCUUGGUACUUGAAAGAAGUAACAUGGGAUUUAAAGUAGAGAACAUAACAAACAAUACCACCUUAAUGAAAACUUGAAAACGUAUAUUAAUUACAUUUCAGCUGUCUGAUUCAAUAUCUUCCUUCACGAUAUUUUUCUACAGAGUCAAGAGGGUCUUAAUGGAUCCAAGGGAAGUCCGACUUUGUUUCUUAAAACAGACACCAGUCCAAAAGACGGUGGAAGGAGGGGUUCGCGUGUCCGCUCAUCUAUCGAUGAAGAUGUACCGCUGACUCAUAAAACAGGAACCGUCGGCAUUGUGGCUCUGGCGAUCAGGAACAAGAAUGAGACGAAGAAGGAGAGAGAAUUUAAGGUAAGAAAAUGUAUGCAGGAUAUGACCACUAAUCGAAUUGAUGAAGUAAUUUAUUUCGAGCCUUUGCUUUCCCCGACUUUGCAGAACCUGGACAAAGACGUUCCUAAGGAAGACGUGAAGUAUCCCCCAGAUACUGCCAAAAAAAACAGAUCGCCAGAGGUCCUGCCAGGUGGGUUCAGUAUUCAGCGCUUUUAACUGUCCUUGCUUUAUCAUUUAUAACUUAUCGUUUGGAACGUCUUCUUUUGAAGCACCAAGAACUCGUGUCAAGUUAUCAACUUCACCAGACUAUAUCAACGCUAACUGGAUCAGGGUAAGAGAUAGUGACAUAAAAUAUCAUUCAAAUUCCGAGAUUUUCAAUCGAUUGAAUAUCGACUAAUCAAUAGUUUGCCGAUUUUUGUUGCCGGAGCAAGAAAAAUGUUUUAAAGAAGUCAGACGAGCGAAUGUGAUUGUAUAUUGAUCUUGAAAUAUUUUUUUGGCGAAUUGUUAUUCUUUUUUGCUUAAUAUUUACUCCAUCGUCUUAUUCGCUUUCCUUGAAGGACCAUAAAGGGCAAGUCUGCUACAUUGCUACCCAGCAUCCUAUGACAGAAACUGUCCGGGAUUUUUGGCAAAUGGUCUGGGACCAAAGAGUUCAAACGGUUGUUAUGGUAAACGACGAAGAAAAAGAGAAAACGGUGAGACUGAUUGUCACUGACAAUGAAUCAUGAUCAGGCUGUCGAUAAUUGGAUAGUUUCACCAACAACAUUUGAUGCCAAAUCAAAAACUACAGUCACUCUUUAAUAGCACAGAACUGUAAUACCGACCCUCUCCGUGUCGGAUUUGUGUUAACAAGAUUAAGUUUUUCAUAUCCUCCUUAGGCUGAAUUUGUGGAUUACCUUCCGAAAGGAGAAGGGAUCUCUAAGCAGUUUGGCGGUUUCAACGUUACAGUUAAACAGAUAAAUGAAAAACCGGAUUUUGUCGAGACUGUUUUGAGCAUUGCCGAUGGCAAGGUAAGAAAACGCUUUUCUUUUUUUUUACCCCAUGUAUUUUUCUAUUUUCCCCGUUGUAUAGAGCCUAAAAAAUACUAACUGAACGUACUUUUUUUGUUUAUCCACGUUAUAGAAUGUUGCCUCUUCACGCGAGGUUACACACUUGAAAUUCACUUCGUGGAAAGAACGCGCUAUGCCUAACGUGGCUCUGUUUGUUGGGUUCGUGACUGCCACGCAGGAAGCGAGGAAGAAGUAUGGCGACACCAAGGCUCCAACCCUUGUACACUGCAGGUUGGUAUUCGCAAUGACAUGAAAUUCAACCAUGAUAAUUACGUAGCUUUUCGCUGUCUGGAAAAGAUCUUAGAGACAUUAAAAGGAAACUGCAUUGAGGAUCUGUCGACUUGUGGUAAAAAAAAAGAUGAUUGGAGCGAGGGGUGUCCACGUACCUGACGAUUGUAGCCAGAGCGAAUAUUUCUCACAUGCAUUUUCUCAAGUUUGAGAUGCUUUUAGCGCUUUUCGAUUUAGGAUCGUAAAAAGCGAAUACCAAAAUAAUUUCGGCGACCAGUUACGACACAGAAAAUCCUUGCAGGGAGCAAUCAGAACUUAUAAGAUGAAUGCACGUAACCGUUCUAAGGUACAAGAACCUGUUUACGAUUAGUUACAUUACUUUGAAUAUGAUCCCUUAGUUUCUGGGACCACCAAGCAAAGAGAUCGAAGUGAAACACAACCCAUGCGAUUUUGCAUUUCUCUCAGCGCUCAUUCAGAAAUUGGUCUUGACUAAUGGGACUAAACAAAACUUUGCUUAUCGUUCUUUCAGUGAUGGCCUGGGCUUCACUGGUGUGUAUAUUGCUGUGGAUAUCGGCGUUAAAAGUCACGAAGAAAGUAAAACAUCAGUUGUUGAUGUGUUUGAGCUGUCCAAGAACCUCAGACGGGAUCGCCAUGGCAUUGUUUGUACCUUGGAGCACUAUAACUUCAUUUACCAGGUGAGAAAAAAACUACAACAACGUUUUUUAUCGCUAGUUAUUGAGGGGAGUGAGACUAGAAGCAUACCUUAAAGAAAGCUGGGCUAAGGUACGAGUUGAGUUCAUCCUCUUGAGUUCUCUGCAACAAGGCGUUUUACUCUUGCUCUGCCCCUCUCGGACAGGAGUUUAAAUAGUUAUAACAUUAGCAAAUCGACAAAUUGAGGAGGAUUCUCUUUGUGCUUUGCUUUUGCGCAUCGUUAGUCUACAGAAUAGUUUAGUGAUAAGAGGAAAUGAAAAAGUCCUCCUUACGAUAAUUUGUGCAAUGACGAUUGUGAGCACUAGUUUUUUAAUUACGCGGGGAACUUGUGGUUGAAGCUAAUAAAUGCAUUUCUUUUCAGGCUCUCUACGAGUACACUGUGAACUACGACAAGUCGGCUGAGGUAAGCUGUUUUGCCAUAAUAGUAACGCGUGCCACUUGACUAAACAGUCAGUUGUAGGACUUAUUGAAUCUUUUUUAAAGAAUUUACACCGUUUCCCCCAAAGGAGAAACAUUGUUUUACUAACACUGAGAAAUUAUGUUCGAUAUGUUGUCAGGAAUUUUACGUCAUUUGAUGAGUCCCUACCGUCGUAAUCUAGUGAGAGCGUUUUCAAAAAGGUUUAACAGCCUUUGAUGUCAAAUUUCUUCGAUUUAAUUUAAUAUUCAUUUCGGUUCAGGAUGAGUACGUUUUCUCGUGUUUUUCUAAUUCUUUACCCUAUUAAUUGUUUGUUUUUCUUUUUUUCCUUUUAUAGUAAGGCUUUGGCUCUGAACUGUUGGGUUGGAAAAGAACUGAAAACUAAUAGUUUCAUCCUCCAAACUGACGAAACAGUUCAAUUUAAAGACACGGCACAAAUAUAUAAGAAAGAUACAGUAGCAUUCAAUUCAUAGAGAAACAUUUCCGUAAGUUUUUCAAGUUUGAUUGACCAAUCGCCUAAAUUGCACAUGAGUCCAUUUUGUCUUUAAAACUUCAUGAAAAACCAUGAAAAUGUUUUUAAAAUUACGCAUGACAUGAUGACCAGGUAGUGUCUGCACAUUAUUAUUAUUUUUUCUUUUUUUGAUGCAUGCAGUAUUUUUAUCAUUUAGUUUUCUCCGCUAUUCUGCUAUUUGGCAUCAGCAUGUGUGUAGAGAAUGGUUCGUUUCUAAAAAUCCUCUCGCUGCAUUAUACAAACCUGCGCGGUUACACCAGGUUCUCAAUAGUAGUUCUUAGAGUCAAGUGAGUGAAAUCACUAUUCUUCGAGGCAGAAAGAUUGUAAAGUACUAUGCCGUGAAACUGCUCGCUUUGUAUAUCUGCAUGACAUAAUAAAAACAAGAUUUUUGAUGCUUGUAAAUAGUAAACUUUUUUCAUUAAAACUAUUUCGAUAAUGGAGCUUUGAGUAAUUGUUUAUGCCUUCCUAACCCGAUUCCUCCCCUGCUUGUUCUGACAGAUUUCUAAGUCGAGUUAUGUACGGCCAUAAUUACAAUUAAAACGUGCCGGCGGAACAAAUAUUUACAAAUGCCGGGCAUCUCGACAGAAACAACAUCAUUCGAUAACUACACGUUGGUCUUUCUUGGACAUGCCUAGACAUAACUUGUCAUCUAAUUGGGUCACAAUCUUUACAGUCAUUACGAUUUUGCGGAAUUAUUUCAAAGAUCUACUUGCACGCAUAAGGUAAGACUUUGCUUUCAAACUUUGCUUGAAGGCAUUCAUAAAGACUUUGUCAGUAAGCCGGUUGGUAACGGGGAGUAAUUAUAAUAGCAGGGGGCGAUAAAGGAUGAGGGUUUGUUAUGACUACAUCUGUGCUGUACGCUUUCCUCUAAUUUUUUUUUUAUGCGCUACGAACAGGCUAAAACUAGAUAUCCGAAACAGUAUAAAGAUCUAAUGUAGAGAAAAACUAACUUGACUCCAUUGAGUGGAGUGUAAGUGGAGCAAGUUGAGAAACCGGCUGUAGGAGGGAACGAAAUAAAAAAUGUAAACUUUUCACACUCAGUCAGUCUACGCAGUUUUAUUUCUUAUCGGAUAUCUCUCGGUUAGAUGUUUAGAAAAACUGGCUAAUAUUAAAUCGUCUCCCGUGCGUUAAAAGGUUUUAACAUCCGCGACCUUUCUAGAAGAAUAUUUUCACACAUCAAUUAUCGCACCCACAAUACCAAGGGUUGCUUUGGUAAACAGAACACAGUAAAUUAAUUAUGCAGGCAAUUGUUUUUGUUAAAGCAAAGUAAACUCACUAUCUCUGACAAAAAGUGUAGGCACUUCAGCUUUUGCACCCCGUGAGCUUGCAAAGGGAACGGAACUCUUGAAGAAGAAAAGGAAUUCUACUUGAAAGUUGCCGCGAGGUAAGAUAUCUCGCUGCGUCUUAUAAUCAAAAAAAGAAAAAGAUUGGUGUUAAGUUUUGUUGGAGUAAACUUGUGUCGUUUUUAAUUAAAAUCUUUUGUAAUCUUUUCCUUGUCUGAGGUAUCUCAGAUGAGCAAUUUUGUUAUUAAAAACUUCAAUUCCCUCUGUUUUUCAAAUAUUUAGUGCCCGAAGGGAUUACAUUACUAUAACAUGAAGCUCUGUCUCAAACAAAGCACUUUUUCCUGUUCCAGCUCUCGCGUUCUCCAUCAUGACGGUGUGGUUUUCGAGGCAACCCAGCUAUUCAAUUGAAACCACAUUAAAGUUGGUGUUUUCUGUUGUCACCGCUGCUACUAUGGUGAACGCUCAAAGUAGGUACAAAUAUAUUUAAGGAGGAAAGUUAAAAUGAUUUGGUAGUUUUAGUUUAAAACUCUUUCGCGACGAAAGAUCUACCUCUGUUCUCGUUGCCAGGACAAUAACAGUAAAUUAACGUAAACUUGAGAAAAAGAAAACAAUGGAAAAUAAACAACAGGUGAAUAGCAGAGACAAGAGAAACUUAUUAACUUUUGUUCAGAACAUUUUAAAACUUCACUAACUUCUCAAAAGUCAUUUUUAUAUUUUUGGCGCUCAGACGUCCCGGAUAACAGGCCGUUGCAUCAUUGUCUUUUUUUUUUUUUUUUUUUGUCUGUCAUGUCUUUCCCAAUGAUAGAUUUUAGGAGGGGCGGAUGUUUAUAGACAACUGAACAAUGGCCGCAUGUUUGGCUAGAGAAUGUGGUUUGUAUAGUGCAAUGCACUGCACGGCUCAAACUAUCACAUAAAAUGAGUUUGAUUUGUUAACUCGGUGUUAAGGAACAGUGCCACUUCUUUACGCUGGAAAUGUAUCUCUUUUUUUGUUUCUUUUUGUUUCAACCCUUUAUAUUGAUUUGAUCCAGUUGCUUUUCCGCAGCAGUAGCGAAUGGUAGUUUCGAGGACUCCCACAGCGUUGAGUCUACUGCUUUAAAAUCCGAAAACCGACCAAUCCUAAUGAUACUUUUCAUCAUUACCGUUGUUUUACUCAGAGUAAUGCAAGGAACCAUAGAGACAGGAAAAUGUUCCUUUAAUAUUGCGAUUUCCUCUUUUGCCGGUUCGAGUUUGGCCUUAUUUUAACUUCUCCACCACAAUAGUUUCAAACUUGACAUGUAUAACACAUACUUCUGUCGCUCACAACGAUACCUCAGAGCUCCUCUACCUCCUUUGCUCUAAAAGGAAAAAGCUCAGACUGUGAAAAACUCGAAAGAAAUGCGAGAUUUGGUGCCUUAUGACAGAAACAUUCGAAAGCCAGUGGAAACAGACGAUAUUUCAAGAUAGCUAAAACUUUUUUGCGACACCAAUGUUUGGCUUCUGGCUUGUGCAAAAUCGCAAAUAGAAUUUAAGUAUUUAGACCAAGUAUUGGAUGUCAUUUGAGACAAUUUUAAAUUUUAUUUCUUUUCCAAAUGCGUUGAGAUUUGAAGCUUGUCACUGAUAACUUUUAAUUUAAUAUUUGGGUAUAAAGGAUAACUUGAAGAUUAAAAUGACAUCGCAGCGUUUCUUCCCGCGCACUCGAAUUCUUUAAAAAUUAAACUUUUCUAACAACAACUGAACCAAAGAGCUCUUAAAAGACCCACAACAGAAUUAUCAUUUUGUCUAAUUGAAGAUAAUUCUAGAACCUGAGAUUUUUUCUGUUUUAUGUGUUUUUCUUAUUUAGUGACCAUGUUUAUAUUUGCAUUCAAUGACGUAUUUUUGAAGUAUGUUUAAAUUGCUCCAUGAUGUAAAUUGUGACGUGUGUUUUGUUAUAAUUACCUCAACAACACGCAUUUUGCUACAUCCGUCGAGUCCUCCUUGAAUUCAAAAGGAGCUAGGUUACUUUCUUUACGUUACUGGAAAAAAUAAAAAAACAAAAUAAGGAAUGACCUUGUCAUGGCACAAAUGUUUAGAGCCAUCUUAAAUACGUUUGGUAUUCAGGAAGUUUUACACGCCUUGAAUAAUCGAAUCUUGAGAAUGCUAGGUCUACGGUCGGUUUCAAGAGUAAACUCGUUGCUAAGGUAACCUAUUGAUGAAGUAAUUUUUAUCAACUAUUUUCUCCUCAUAACAUAUUCACCAUCAAUGAACUUUAAAAAAUAACUUUAAGCCUGUUCCAGGGUGAUCAGUUGAAGGGAUGAGCGAAAAAGCGGGGUAAAACGAAUGACAAAAAAUGAUGGAGAACUAAGAAGAGCGAAGGAGGGUACCUCGUCUCUUUCCCUUCGCCCCAAAUUUGUAAAUGCUUGUCACGCCUUUGUGUUUCAACGCACUCCUGUGCCAGGAGUGUGGCACAGGCUGGGUAUUAUUGGGUAUAAUUCAUGGUACUCGAAGAAAAGAGACAAUGAUACAAACUUAGUAUUAUUGCCUCAUUCCUUUUUUAACAGCUGCCUCCAUAACCCUAACUCCAACCACAAGUGUUCUGUCAUCGGGUGUUAAUUCCACUUCGCCCACGGAAACAGUUGCCUCCAUGACCCCAACGCUAACAACAAGUGUUAUGUCAUCAAGAGUUAACUCCACUUCGCCCACGGAAACAGCUGCCUACAUAACCCCAGCGCUAACAACAAGUGUCAUGUCAUCAAGUGUCAACUCCACUUCUACCACGGAAAGUCAUAACAUCACUUCGUUUCAAGUGAUGAUUGAAUUCGUAGAUAUCACUUGGAAUGAUAAAUUUCUGAAUAAAACAAGCGAUCAACACAAGAGCCUGGAUUCUAACGUAACCAAAGCUGUAAAAGAUGCACUCAGAGUUGAAAAUGUGAACUCGACUGUCCAUGUUAUCGAGUUCAAACCCGGAAGCGUGUUGGGGUUUUUCAACAUCACAGCAAUGAAACCAGAAACAGAAGUCAAGGCGGCCCUAGGAAGGCAAAUGAAGAACGGUACCAUUGGUGAUUUUGAUGUAUCAAAGACGCUGUUUUCUGGAAGUUUGUUUGAUGUUGUCAUUAAACUUAAGAAGGAAUGUAAUGAUACUCAUGCGUUAAAUGUGAAACAUGAGGUGGAAAGAGUGAAACGUGAGGUGGAAAAUGUGUUACCUGGGAACGAAACGGCGACAUUACAGAAAGUCAUAUGCCCAAAACCUGGUAACGUCACUAUUGUAACCUUUCGCCUUCAAGUAAAGGAUGCUUCUUCGAAUAACCCCGACAAGCAACUUCAAGGUUUAAAAGCGAGCGUCGAGCGUGGCCAACUAAGAAACUUUUCGUUAAUUCCAGAAUGGCAAGCUUACAUCCCUGGGGAGAAACAGUUUUUGGUUUCUUUUUAUCUAACAAAGCCUUCUAAAAAUAGGAGCGUGACAAUCAAGGACCUAGAAGAGGCUAUCAAGGAUUUUUUCAAACUGAAUGACAGUGACUACAGAUACGUCAUAGUUGAUUUGCUGAGUGACAAUAAAACGGCAGUUGUUAAAAUCGGUAUGAAGACAGUCGCCAUUGAUAAGCCAGGAGCAGUAAUGAACCCUUUGAAUCCACUGAAGGAAAAAGUCAAUACGGGUACAAUUGGAAACACUUCUGUGCUAGAAAAAUCAUUUGAAGCCUCCGUGAAUCCCAGCACACUAACACAAAAAGUAUUUCAAGUAGAGUUUCGACUUAACAUGUCCGACUGCAAUCUGAACAUUAAUCGUGAGAAUGCUUCCAAAGCCGUCAACUAUUACAUACGCAAUAGAUUGAAAGAAUACAAAUGCUUCCUGAAAGCUGACUUCCUGCGUGAUAAACUCAGGUGUCAGAAUGGGUCUCGCUAUAAAAAACAGCUCUUUAUACAUGGAGCCUUUUUAGUGUAUGUACAUCCGUCUGCUUCAGAAUUACGUAACCAGUUUAACCCAUUCUUACUCGAGUGCGGCAGAAAUGCAGAGGGAGCAACCUAUGAUUGGGGAGUAAGGGUAACUCCUCUUACACCAACUCCAACCCAAACCAAAAUACGAGAGGGAAUUCGAAUGGUCUGCCCCGAUAAACACAAAACUAAACCUACGUCAGAGCCCAUAGCAACCAUCACUGUGACAGAAGGGUCAACAUUUCCGACUUCCCCCAGCACAGAGGUACCAGUGUUAGAUCCGAGUCUUUAUGUCAAAGUGAGACUGGGUAUCACUUGGGGAGAGUUUUGCUCCAAACUGGAGCACAGUCUAAAACAAAAAAUAGCUUGGAACUUGUUCGACAAGAAUGGUACGAAAAUAUCUCCCGACAGGAUUAUUUUCAUCAACGUCGAGAAAAACUGCGCGGAUCCAAGCAAGAAGGACGAGCAAGCAGAAGUGUGGUUCUACGUAUCAAAAGUAGACUCCAAUAAGCUGCACAAAUGUCUCACACUAAAGGCUUACAAAGUACUGAAAAUGUUCGUGGAUAAUGGAAAUACCAAGCCUCUUGGACAAGAUUUUGAGGGAAAGGUAGAGAUUACUUUUCUUUGUUACUCACAAAAUGUUUUCCCCUUCUAGUUUCAACGCCCCUGUUAGUUUGUUUGUCCAUAACAUCGUCUGCUUACACCCUUGGCUAUGUUGCUGACCAUCUUACUGCAUGUCUGUCUGUCUAUGGUUCCUUGACUCUAACCCUUGUUUCUCAGUGAACUAGGCAAACAUUUAGCUAAUGCAACAUAACAUACAAAUAAAACAAAGCGAAGAAAAAGGCUGAAGAAAACCACAAUCUGCGAUAGAGUUUACACUGUAUAGAGCUUGAAUUUCAGUUGUUCAAUAACAAUAAGAAUAUACUCAAAGCGUUAAUGGGCAGAAUUGGUGUCCAGAUAUCAAGGAACAGAUUGAGAAUUUUAAAGGUAUGGAGAUUUUUUUUUCACUGAAACUGUGACCAUCUCUUGAUUUCAAGACUGAGGUAUUAUGUGUUUCACAUAAUUUUAGGUUAUUCACGUAGAUCUGGCUGGUGAGGAUGCUUCCAAACACAAAUCUAAGUACGAUUCUGGUGAUCUUUCAUUACUGUCCAUUAUCCUUAUCGCCGUCGCAUGCGCAGUUGGUCUUCUCUUAUUGACAAUAGCAUGCUGUUGUGUAAGUAUAUUAGCACCAUAUUCAGUUCAUGAAUGAGGAAUAUGAACAUUUUGAUGCGAGGGCAAGAUUUAUGGAAAUAUGUGUGCUUUCUGUGUUGCAAAACUUGAAGAAGUAGACAGGAACUCUUGGAAAGGAGACAUAAUGGAGGAUGCUUAUUUAAGAUAGGAAUGAAUAAAAACGGAAUAGGAUAGAAGGAGUGGAAAUGCAAAAUAAUAGAAUAAAAAGUGGACGAGUCAGUGACAGCCUAUCCAUCUGUUGAGCAGGAUAUAUCCGCUAGGGAAGAUUUUGCUAAUCUUAAUACUCCAGUAGCAAACUAUUCACAACCAUUUUAUUUGUAACAUUUAUCAGCUAUUCUGUUGUGGUGGAAAAAGGCGAAGAAAACAGAAAGAGGAAGAUUCGCAUCCAAUGCACGUGUUAAUUGACGCGAAUGGUGUAGAUGUACAUGGUGAUAUGAGAAGAAAUGAUGAAGAUGACCAUGAAAAGAAGAAGCGAAAAGCGAAUAAGGAAAAGAAGAAAAAAGACAAAGGGAAAAAGAAAGAGAAAGAGAAAGAGAAAGAGAAAGAGAAAGACGGAACUGAUGGCGGAAACGAAGGUGCUCAUAGCAAAGGAAAGGAGGUAUACCAUGAAUAAUCUUUUAAGGUUCUGAAUAGGAAGCUUAUACCGUCCGCCGGUUUCAAUUUAUUAAGUUCCAACUUUCUCAUUUUUUGUUUUAAAGAAUGUUUAGGAAUAACUCUUCAUCUUACUUUUACUUCGUUACUAAAGGUUUCUUGAUGUGCAGGUGUGAGCACGAGCUAAAUAAUACAAGCAGAUACAUUUUUCUCCUGAUUCUUGGCCAUUCAUCUCUGUCGCUUAGUAGUGCUAAUUGAGCGAGCUAUCUCCGCCUGUAGCAAAAUGUGAGCGUACGCACGAGUUUAAUUCUUUCCAGAGUACGUGGUCCUUGGUAGUUUGAUUUAAAGAGUCAGUGCAAGAUCGAGUUCUGAUCAUUCAGACACGUCGCUGGGUGAACUUGCUUCUUUUAGCAGUAGUGAAAGGAACUACCGAAACGGGUUAUAAAGCGCUGUGCCAUUUCAAAGAGAAUGACCGAAAAAAGUGCUGAUAAUUCAUUUUAUCAGCUGACUAAUUUACUAAUAGUCAGAGUUAUUUUUACAACAGGGAGAAGGUAAGGAGGCAGGUGGAAAGGAAAAUGUCGUAUCUUAUGAA